GUGUCAUCGUUCUGCCCAACCUGAACCACAAAUUAAGUUUGACUGUCGCCUGUCGGACGCAUGAAAAUUCACUCCAUUAAUUAGCCAACUGCUACUGAUGUUCCAUUAAUUGACUUCCACCGCUUCCUUUACUCCAUUUCAGAUAAUUCUCUUGACUUUCGUGGCUUGAAGGCUUCCCAGGUAUUUAGGAUUUGGUUUCCUCAGGCUGAUGAGCACAUCCGCUGUGGACAUGGAUUCCGUCAGAGCCGCACCAACCCCCACCUGCCACAUGGUGGCCAUGCCUUACCCAGGUCGCGGCCAUAUCAACUCGAUGAUGAACUUCUGCAAGAUACUAGCUUCCAAGAAGCCCGACAUUUUAGUCACCUUUGUUGUCACAGAGGAAUGGCUUGGCUUUAUCGGCCCUGACCCCAAGCCCGACAACAUACGCCUCGCCUCCAUACCCAACGUUGUCCCAUCGGAGCUGGUCCGCGCCGCUGACUUGAACAACUUCGUAGAAGCCGCCAUGACGAAGAUCGAAGCUCCAACCGAGCGGCUCCUGGACCAGCUGGAGCCGCUACCUACAGUUUUAGUGGCUGAAAUUUUUCUGUUUUGGGCAAUCGGCUUCGGGAAGCGUAGGAAUAUUCCGGUAGCGUUGUUUUGGCCUAUGUCGGCUUCGAUGUUCACGGUCAUCCAACAUUUCCAUCUUUUUGCCCAAAACGGUCAUUUCCCAGUUGACAUCUCAGCAAGAGGCGAGGAGCGAGUGGACUAUAUUCCUGGAAUCUCUUCCACACGUCUAGUGGAUCUUCUUUUUUCACGGAAUGAUGGGAGCAACCUACAACUACUGCAUAGGUUUCUGGAAGCUUUUUCAUGGCUGAGCAAAGCACAAUAUCUCUUAUUCAGUUCUAUCUACGAGCUCGAAUCUCAAGCAAACGACGUUCUAAAAGCAGAGUUCCCAUUCCCCGUCUAUUCUAUUGGCCCAACCAUACCUUUCUUAGAUGUAGCAGAAAAUAUCUCACUAGCUUCUCAUGACGACAGUGACCUCAACUACUUAGAAUGGCUCGAUUGCCAACCAAGAAGCUCCGUUCUAUAUAUUUCAAUGGGAAGCUUCCUUUCAAUUUCUGGUGCUCAAAUGGAUGAACUUGCAGCCGGUUUGCGAGAUAGUGGUAUCAGAUUCUUGUGGGUGGCACGCGAUGAGACUAUUAAGCUGAAGGAGGUUUGUGGUGAUAUGGGGCUAGUGGUGCCAUGGUCCAACCAAUUGAGGGUGUUGUCUCAUUCCUCAAUAGGGGGGUUUUUGACGCAUUGCGGGUGGAAUUCCAUUCAAGAAGGUGUGUUUUGUGGCGUUCCUUUUCUCACCUUCCCCAUUGUCGCAGAUCAAAUGCAAAACAGUAAGCUAAUUGUGGAGGAUUGGAAGAUUGGGUGGAGGGUGAAGGAAGACGUGGGAGCUGGCAGUUUGGUGACAAGAGAGAAAAUCGGAGGGCUAGUGCAGAAUUUCAUGGAUUUGGAAAGUGAUCAAGUGAAGGAAAUGAGGAAAAGAGCAAGUGAAGUUCAACAGAUAUGUCGACGUGCGAUUGCUGAAAAGGGUUCAUCUGAAACUAACGUCAGUGCCUUCCUUAGGGACAUUUCACAAUGCCAUGGACGCUGAGGAGAUUGCAA